CCUAUUGGGUGCUACCCAGCGUGCCUUCCCUAAAUUUUAUUUCCUCUGGAACUCUGGAUCUCUGGAGGGUACUCACGUGUGGCCCCCCACACAUGCUUUUUAAGGCUUCACCUCAGAGGGAACCAGGGAGCCCCCCCAUUUCUCUGUCCUUCCAUCACUGUCCCCUUUAUCAUGAUCUCACCAUUUCUUUGUUCCAUCAUCUGUCCCCAUCGUUUUCUGCCCCAUUUGUAUCCCCAUCUUCCUGUGUCUCCUGGCCCACAUGCACUGUCUUCCUGCCCCCUCCCCCCUUCUGUGUCUCUACUCUGCCAUCGUCUCCUCUCUAGCCUGCUUGGGCUGUGGCCCAGAUGCCUGCCUGGCCAUCCUCCCUGGCUCCCCCUCUGCGGCUCUGAGCUGGCCCCACCCCCUACCCCCCCUCUGGCCAGGCCUCUGAUCUGCCACGGAGAUCGGGUGCCCGGCACAAGGCCCCUGGGGCCAAGGACAGACUACAGCCCCUCAGCACCCACAGAGGAGCCCCCAGCAGAGGGCAUGGGGGUGGGCUGCCCUAACAGGUAUGUGCCGCCACACAGGCCCUGGGCAGGAGUCCCGGGCCUGACAGCCAUCCCACCCCCAUCCUCCUUGCUUGGGCAUCUCUGCCCCAACAUCCCCCCAUCCUUGCUGUUUCCCCUCAGGAAGGUCCUAUUUUACCCUCAGUGACAGAGUAGCAGCCCCAGAAAAAUUUCUCCCCACAGGUUUGGUGUCUCCAACAAUGACCCCAUCUCCAUUUUCUGCUUUUUUUCACUGUCCCAUCCUCCAUCUCAACAGAGUCUCCCUUUCUUGUCCCAUCUCUGUCUCCAUUGGUCCCUGUCUUCGCAACUCCAUUUCCCUGUGUUUCCAUUUCCUAAGACUUGUCUCCACGUCCUCUUUUCCAGUUGCUCCUCACCUGCCUGUUUCUGUCCCCUGCUCCCUGUGCCCCUGUCCUCUCCCUCUGGGUCUUUGUACCCUCCCUCUAGGUCUCUGUUCCUCUCUCCUUGGGCCUCUGUCCCCUUUUUUCCUGUGGUCUAUGUACCCCCCCAUCUCUGUCCCUCCCUCUCUGGGUCUCUGUCCCCAUCCCUCUGGGUCUCUGUUUACCCCCUAUCUCUGUUUUUCCCUCUUUCUCAGGCUCCCUCAGCAUCCCUCUCUUCCUGCCCAUCUCAGCCUCUGUACCCUUGUCUUUCCAGUGUCUGCCUCCACACCCGCCUUCUGUCAGUCUCUGCCCUUCAACCUACUGCCCAAACCCCACUGGGAGGUGAGGGGGAGAGGGAACACCCAGGGUCCCAGGGUAAGAGUGUAAAAGUGUUUCUCUUUUGGGGGAAGGCGGUCGGGCUUGGGGGUGGCCCCGGAUUAGACAGUGACUUUGACACGAAGUUAACGCACCUUAAGCCCCAUAUCUCCUUUAUAUGGAAACAUUAAGCUGCUCUCAGGUCGGGGAGGAUCAGGGGAGGACUUCAGGCUCUGGAGCCUUCUGCCUGCCACUGUCCUGCCUUUUCUGGGGUAGGGGUGCCCUGAGCCCAAGUCAUAUCCACCCCAGCCGGCUGGGCCAUGCUGGAUGCAGACAAGGCCCCUGGCGGUGAAACCCCCAUGCUCACCCCCGCCCCACCUGUCUGCUUUGUGAAAUAGACAUGGUCACAUCUGCCUCACAGGGCUGAGUAUGAGACUCGAUUUAGGAGGCUGUCCUGGGUUGGAAAGGCUCAGGACCCAAACUAACACCCCACCCUCACACCACAUUGGUCUGGCCAGGCCUCUGAGCUGGUUCACAGGUUGGGGAACCAACCUGUGAACCGGGGCAAUGACUUUGACCUCCCAGUGUCCUGAGCAGUCGACAUGAGCAGUGGGGUCUGGUGGAGUCCAGUGGACAAGCUACAGACAUCUGAGGAGCGCAUCCUGAGGCCCAGGACAUAGUAGGUGUUCAAGAAACAGGAGCAUGCUUGAUAAGGUUCGGGGCGCCCGCCCCCCACUAGGCCAAGUGGAAGGGGUGCCUCUGCCCAAUGGGCCUGGCCAGGGCUCUGCGCCGCAUUAGCGGCGCCCUGGAGCCAGAGGACAGCCCGGCAGGUGAUGAGGAGGAGGCCAGGCCGGGACUGUGUCGCAAUGGGUGGGCGCCUUCCUCGACUACAGUGAGGAGGCGCCGCGGGCGCUUUGUCAAGAAGGAUGGCCACUGCAAUGUGCGCUUUGUGAACCUGGGGGGCCAGGGCGCACGCUACCUGAGCGACCUGUUCACCACGUGCGUGGAUGUGCGCUGGCGCUGGAUGUGCCUGCUCUUCUCCUGCUCCUUCCUCGCCUCCUGGCUGCUCUUUGGCCUGGCCUUCUGGCUCAUCGCCUCGCUGCACGGCGACCUGGCCGCCCCGCCACCGCCCGCCCCCUGCUUCUCCCAGGUGGCCAGCUUCCUGGCCGCCUUCCUAUUCGCGCUGGAGACGCAGACGUCCAUCGGCUACGGCGUGCGCAGCGUCACCGAGGAGUGCCCGGCCGCCGUGGCCGCCGUGGUGCUGCAGUGUAUCGCCGGCUGCGUGCUUGACGCCUUCGUCGUGGGCGCUGUAAUGGCCAAAAUGGCCAAGCCCAAGAAGCGCAACGAGACUCUGGUCUUCAGCGAGAACGCCGUCGUAGCGUUGCGUGACCGCCGCCUCUGCCUCAUGUGGCGCGUCGGCAACCUGCGCCGCAGCCACCUUGUGGAGGCCCACGUGCGGGCCCAGCUGCUGCAGCCUCGAGUGACCCCGGAGGGUGAGUACAUACCACUGGACCACCAGGAUGUGGACGUGGGCUUUGAUGGUGGCACUGAUCGCAUCUUCCUUGUGUCUCCCAUUACCAUCGUGCAUGAGAUUGACUCCUCCAGUCCUCUGUAUGAACUAGGACGUGCUGAGCUGGUCCAGGCUGACUUUGAACUAGUGGUCAUUCUUGAGGGCAUGGUUGAGGCCACAGCUAUGACCACACAGUGUCGCUCUUCCUAUCUCCCUGGUGAGCUGCUCUGGGGCCAUCGUUUUGAGCCAGUCCUCUUCCAGCGUGGCUCCCAGUACGAGGUUGAUUAUCGCCACUUCCAUCGCACUUAUGAGGUCCCAGGGACACCUGUCUGCAGUGCCAAGGAGCUGGAUGAACGGGCAGAGCAGGAUUCCCACAGCCCCAAGUCUAGCUUCCCCAGCUCUCUGGCUGCAUUUUGUUAUGAGAAUGAACUUGCUCUGAGCUGCUGCCAGGAGGAAGAGGAGGAAGAGGAGGCCAAGGAGGGGGAUGAGACGAAGACAGAAGAUGGGGCUGCCAGCCCUCGAGUACUCACACCAACCCUGGCACUGACCCUGCCCCCAUGAUGCCAGCUGGUGUCCCCUUGUUUGUACCCCCUUCCCAGCGGUAACAAGAUGGAGAGACAGGGUCCUCUUCUGGGGUGGGGGCAGGUGUUCUCUAAGACUGACAGGUCCGCUGGGUAAAUUAUUAGCUGGUGAAGUUCUGCCAUGCCUAGUGGACCUACAUUGGACAUACUCGAUCUUAAUUCCUCUACAUUCUGUGCUCCCUUCGGAGACCGCUUUAUCAGCCUGAUUCCUGAGUCUCACUAGAGCGAAGGGAUUCAGAAUUCUGGACGAUCCAAGAGGCAAGGACUGAUGGUUCUAGAUUCUUCUAUAUGGCUGGCUUGGGUUGUUGAACAGGGUCAGAAAUCAAUGGUAUGGUCCACCUCUGGAGGAGGAAGUCAGCACUUCUCCAUCAGCAACAGCGAUCAAAAGUUCGUAAGUCUGGAUCGACCUAAGAUUCAAGGGACUGUUGCUUCUAGACUCAGCCAACUAAGUAGCAAAUCACUUUUUUCUAGACCACCUAAGGAAGGAGAGUUAUGGAAUGCCCAAGAAUUCAAGACUGUCUUGAUUGACCAAAGAC